AUGCACACACACACACACACACUCUCUCUCUCUCUCUCUCUCUCACGCACUCACACAUACACAGAGGUAAUUACAUUCCCAAACAGCCUGGAUCAAAAUGGGAAAACCUCCGUUCUACCUGGGUGUCAAAGAGACUUUUUGGCCAUGUGGAGUCACACACCUCUCUUGUCCCAUUCUGAUCUCCAGCUCCAGCUUCAUCGCAGGGCGGCACAUGGCAUGGCGGUUGGUUACACCAUGUGUAAGCUUGCGCCAAAACCCGCCGGGGGUUGCUGCUUCUCCUGGCUCGGCUAG